AUGGGAGAUGCUCAGCAACAGGCCCCUUCGUUUUCACAAAGUAUAGAGCAUCCGAACAUGAUGCAGUACCAACAGCACAUGCAAUCCAUGCGUGCUCCUCAUCCCUCUCAGAUGGCCGUACACCAUGAAAUGCGACCCGUCUCACAGCAUGGUUACGCCAACAUUCAAGCUAUGCCCAUGCAAUACGCGGAUGGCAUGUCAAACUUUGGCAUGCCUACUCAACACAUCCACCACAUGCGUAAUGCUUCCGAACAGUACGAAGGCUCUCCGGCUCCAGAAGACUCGAACAACGAAGCCAACUCAAAGAAAAGGAAAGGUGCCUCUUCGAGUAUGGCAAACGACCAAGAGUUACGGCGUCUACUGCAGCAAUAUCAGUCCAGGUCACUGAAAGAGGUAGCCAUGGAGGUGCAGAAGAAUGAAGGUUCUGGUGGAAAAUCAGAAAAGGCCAAGCAAGUCUUCGCGAUGCUCUGGUUGAGAGAGACGUGUCAAAGAAGCAACGAAUCUGUCAGGAGGGAUCGCGUGUUCGCACGCUACACCGAGCGAUGUGGUAAUGAAAGAGUUCCCACCCUCAACCCAGCUUCUUUCGGCAAGCUAGUUCGUAUCAUUUUCCCAAACGUUCAGACCCGCAGAUUGGGUGUGCGGGGAGAGUCGAAAUACCAUUACGUCGACCUUUCUCUGAUUCCUGACGAGAACGAUCCUGGCUUCGACACUUUCGACCGUCCAGGCACAGCUUCAGGUCCCCUACCAGAGCGACCUGGUUCUUCGGCUUCAAUAAGCCGUCCCUUACAGCUGAACACAAGACCUGUCAGCCUCAAUGUUUUGCCGCCAAGGUUGUCAAUGGAAACAGCCGAUUUUCCUGCACCUUCCACUUCUGUAGCCUCCAGAACACCACAAGAACCGACAAGAAGACGCACAAACACCGAGUCUCAUAAGCUGGACUGUCGAUAUAUCAACACACCUGUAUUACGCAUUCCUCGAAAUAACCUCUCUGUUUCACUCCUAAAUACUUUACCUUCCGCACGACCCGGCAUGCUCGGGACUGUUGCAACAUAUCUAUCCAUGCCAUCCAGAACCACAUUAAUGCAGCCUUCGGCAUCAUCUCAAGGCAGUUUGGUUGAGCUACCUGACAUACACGAAUAUCUAGCAGGGGAAAACUAUGACCCCCAAAUCGCGAAACUGCUACACGAUCUGUAUCGCUCUUAUUGCAUCGAUGUCAUUGACGCUUUUCGGAAAUGCAAGGACAAAAACUUCUUCAAUCAUCAUUCUGCCUUCAGUGUCUCAAAGCUCUUCAACCUCGAAUGCCUAGCCCCGUGGAUACAGGAGUGCGAUAUGCGCAUGUACAAGGAAAUACUGAAAUAUAUGCCUCCACUAGUGCUGCAAGAAGUGCCGGAAGCUGUAUGGAAUGCGUUCGAUAGAAUUAGUGUCGGGCUUGUAGGGCAUCUCAUUUCUUCUUUCGAAGAGAAGAGUCCUCCUCACGUGGUGUCAGCCAAGGUUGUACCUGCCGCACGCUUCACAAAUCUGCUUAGGAAACUGCGAUCAGCACACACCUCAACACUUCAACUCAACAGAAUGCUCGAAGCCCCACAAACGCGACAGCAAAUGUGGCUCGAUGCUUGCUCGGUACUAGACCCUGAGUUGCUCAUCCUAGAAUCUAACGCGCCGCCUGAAGGAUUAUCAGCCGUCCAAGGCAUGCUUAAGCACGAUCUACGAGAAUUACUAGGGCCAGAUCCUGACCCGCUCGUUGCUGCUGCUGAGCAGGACCCGACGAGUGCUUUUGCAAGACUUUUUCAAGAUCAUACGCCCAUCGAAGGACUAUUAUCGCCUGAAGAUGCAUCCGGUGAUCUACUUGCUCGUCUUGUCUCAUGGUUGGAAAGCCUCCCAGAAGUGUUUGAUGGCCACCACCCACAAUGUAUGCUUGAUUGGCAGACCAGGUUCUUCAGAAGCAUGCUGAACCAGUUCGGUGCAAACGGUGCUAUUAGCUACCAGUCCUGGUGGUAUUUCGAAAACUUUGCUCACCAGCUUCUUACAUUCAUGACAGAGUUGGAAGGAUUCAUGCUGCCAAUGGAGGAGCAAAGAGCCUUCGAUAAGCGUGAGGCGGAAAAGAAGGACGAACAGGCACGGCUGUACAGGAGCUCAAGCGGUCUACUCGAGGAACGAAAACGCAAGCGAUCUAGUGCUGAUAUUGGGGGCGAAGAGCGUGCGAAGUCGCCCGUAUCAUCACGACCUAACACAGCAGGAGCUGAUACCGAGCCAGAGCCGGACUCUGCAGUCUCUAGCACAUUUGCGGUUCCAUCGAAGACUACAACCGUCACUAACAAUAUUCUUGUACUUACUCCAACAACUGAGCUACCACCACCUAUCUCUGCAGCGCAAAUAUCAAUCAGUGUUGGGGGUACCGCCAUUGAGGACGAUGAUGACAUGGCCGAGAUCUCUCGUGGAGGUCCCCUCGACCUACCAUCUUUCCGAACUGGCUUUACCUCGCCAAUGAAACCUGUCCACGACCCACGCAGAACGUCGGGCUUACAUGAAGACAGUGGCAUAGGAAUGGGGCUUGAAGAGCAUCACAGUCUUGAUGCGGAUGCGCUAGAAGCAGAAAGGGAAGCAAAGAAGUUCAACAAGCGCGAUUGGUUCCUUAGUUCUGAUCCAGUCGAGCCUACAGGGAUUGCUGCUGCUCUGGUGUCGUGA